CAUUUACUCACAGCAGAAACAAGAAAUCCAUUAGUAAACCUGAAUGCAAUACCACAUUCAACCCUCCAUCUGCCUGAUUGUUUUUUGUAUCCAGAAGAAUCUGCAGUAAGAAAAUAGAAAAGGCAGCAAUUAAAAAAAAACCUUUACACCUCUCAAAAGCCAAAGCUACCAAAAAAAUCUAGCUAAUUAACAAGCAAUGGAUGUUGUGAACCGUUUGGUUGUACAGAAGCCUUUGGUAAUCUUUACUAAAAGUUCUUGUUGCAUAAGCCACUCAGUCAUGCAACUCAUAAGUAGUUAUGGAGCAAAUGCAACAGUUUAUGAACUGGAUAACAUGUCCAAUGGACAAGAAGUAGAUAAAGCGCUCCAAAUUCUAGGGCUUCGGCCAAGUGUUCCUGCUGUUUUCAUAGGCCAGAAGUUAGUAGGUGGAGCUAAUGAGAUUAUUAGCCUGCAGGUUCAAGGAAGACUUGUGCCAUUGCUCAAGGAGGCAGGAGCUUUAUGGGUGUAGAAUAAAAUACCUUACAUCUAGCAAGAAUUCAUUUACGACAUAAUAUUCAGAGUUAAUCUUUUUUGGUACUGUUUAAUUAUUAGAUUUGUAACUAAGAAGGGACUAGUUUCUUCUUUUUGAUUUCCCUCCAUCUCUUUUUUUUCUAAUAGGAUGGAAGGGCAUUACAUAUAGCCCCAAGUGUAAGCUCAAGUAAUGAAGUAUCUAUUCCACUUA